ACAUAAUGUACACACAUAAAUGAAUUCUGCUGAGCUGUAACAGAUAGAUAUCAGUACUGCACUUGACUGAGUAUGAUCGGUGAUGUUGAUAUUCUCGAAGUGGAUUCAAAGAAAAGAUCUCUAAAAUCAGGAACCAUGACUGACAUAAAAAACGCAGAGAUCAUCAGUCCACCAGCCAAGCGAAUGAAGCAAGCUCGGCUUCCAUUCUUAACCCUCACAAAUAAGCCAAAUCUUUCUUCAACUCCAUCACCUCAAAUCACCAAGAAGUCCAAGUUGGCAGAAAAGUCUGGCUCAGGAAAAGCGAAACAUGUCGAUAAAAAUACAACUCCUCUCAAGAAAGCCGACACACUGCAGGGUAAGAAGCCCGGUACGAUGAAGGCACGGAAGAUAGGUUUCAGCAGCAGCGAGGUAGCAGGUAAACCCUGUGCUCCUCCUGAACCAGAGGUCAGUUCCAGCUCGGAGGAUACCAAGCCCUCAGAGAAGGAAUGCGAUUCCACGGUAACCGUGGCAAGCAGUGACUGCACCUCGACUGCUGCAUCUUCCAAAAAGAUCCCCAAGUCUGCAUCCUUGGAUCGGUUUGUGCAAAGUACACAGCAGCCUCAUGUCUCGACCUCGGCCAUCAUCGACCUCACUGAUGCCGAUGAUGAAAUGGAGGAUGAUGAGGACUUUGAACCUCCCAAAUCUGCGACCAAGAAGAGCAAGGCUGAAAAAAGGAAACGAGAGAGUCCUACCCAAAGUCCUUCCGAUACCAGCGCCAAAACCCCCGAAGUACCACAAGAGGAUGAUACAGCCAUUAAUACCAGUGUGUCUUCAAUAUCUUCCCUUGAGGAAGCUUCUUCGGAUGAAGAAAGCUGUAAGGAGGUUGGUAACCAUAGCAACAGUUCUGAGAAGGAUAAGGAAGACAUAUUGAUGGAGGCUGUUGAGAAAGUCUUGAAAGAGGAAGAGGACAAGAAACCACAGGAGGAGUCCCUCAAAAUUCCUGCAACACCUGUUACCCCAUCAAAUGCUCUGAAGCCUAUCAAGCAGACACCAAUGUCUGCCAAGGCGCUACAGAGACUCAAGGAACAAGAAGAAAAGAAGGAGGAAAAGCUGAAGCUCCGUGAGGAUAAGAAGCGCAAAUUGGAGGAGGAAAACGAGAUGAAGAAACGGCAGAAGCUGGAGCAGAAGCAAGCCAAGGAAGAGGAGAAAGAAGCUCAGAGGAAAGAGAAGGCAGAGGAGAAGAAGAAGAAGGAGAUGGAGAAGCAGCUGAAGAAGGAGAAAGAGGAGCAGGAGAGAAUGGAGAAGAAGAAAGCCAAGGAGGAAGAGCGCCUGAAGAAGCAAGAGGAGCUAGAAGCCAAGCAGGAGGAGAAAAAGAAGAAGCAAGAGGAGCGCAUCAAGCAAGAAGAAGAGAAAAAACAGAAGGAAGCCGCUGAGCUUUCAAAGAAAUCCAAGCAGUCUCAAGUCUUCAAAAACUUCUUCAGCGUCCAAGCUCAAGCUCCAGUCAAGAAGCCGGAGGUCAAGGGGUGGUUUGCCCCCUUUGAGGUCAAGUCAGACCAGGUCCUGGCACCGUGCCGACGAGUAAAUCCAAAGGAUCUGGACCUGGAGCAGGUCAACAAACAUCUUGAGGCACCAUCAAGUGGUAGCUUGUACCUUGAUGAGCUGAAAUCUGGAAAGUUCAAACCACGCAAAGAUGUCCGCACUCCUGGGCCUGCAAGAGCUGCACAAGAAAGUUCCAGUAGUAUGGAUGUUGCUGGACCAUCCAUACCAGAAGACGUUCCAACGUCCAAGAAGAAGAAGAAGAGGCAGCCCGAAGGACCCAAGAAACCUGAUGGACUCAAGAUGAAAAUGCUGCAGUUCCAUGAGAACUAUCGACCUGCCUACUACGGGACAUGGCAGAAAGAGACGUCUGUCGUCGCAGGACGCACUCCCUUCAAGAAGGAUACGGAUACCUUUGACUAUGAGGUUGAUAGUGAUGAUGAAUGGGAAGAACCAGGAGAAAGCUUGUCUAAUUCAGAGGGUGAAGAUGAGGAUGGAGAUGCAGAUAGUGAUGAUGAGGAAGAGGAUGGAUUCUUUGUUCCCCAUGGUUAUCUCUCAGCCGGUGAAGGAGGGGAGGAUGAUGAGGAUACUGACAAUCUCAAGGCUCGGCAGGCGGCCAAGGCUAAGGCGUGGGACAACGAAAUAAAACGACGCUGCGAGGCCCUCAAACCAAUGAUCAUCACCUUCAUCCAGGUGGCAUCGACCAACAAGACGCGUCAGGACGAGAGGAAGAAGCUUGAGGCCUACCAGGCCAUGCCUCUCACCAACCUUCCAAUCGCGACUAGCUUCACCAAGCGAGAGAAAGCCAAGGGUAAAGAGGAGAGUAGCAACGCUAUGGAGGGAGAGGGUGCUGCUGCUGGAACCCAGAGGCUUGGUGGUCGCAUGGGCAACAAGCUAAAGCCAGUCCCUGAAGAAGCUAUGCCAGAACUUAUGAAUCUAGUACAUGGUAACAUGGCAGGGAUCAAGUCACUGAUCCGUGAAUUCAGGGACUACUGGCGCCGUAAGCAGCACCGCCUGGAGUCAUCAAGCCCCGGAGCCGGAGCACCUGCUGCUGCUUCUCCUGGGGAUUCACCAUCUCUUGCUGCAGGAGACCAGGAGGCUGCCAGAGAGUCUCCGGUCGGAGAAGCAGGAUUGGCUCCAGGUCAGGAUACUAGUCCUAGUCCAGUUCCAGGAUCCACCGGUACUCCAUCGCCGCAGUACCUAGACCACAUUGGUCAUGUCAUAUCUAAACGACAGCUGGACCUCAAGAUCAAUUACAUUGCUGUGAGGGAGAGACGUCCACAGCAUUUCAAGCGCAUCUGCUGGUACGUGCAUGACCGCUUCCUGGAGAAAUACAAACUGACCGAUUUGCCUGUUCCCACUGCUUGGGUGAACGGUGUGGGGAUGAGUGAUGGACAGUCGUCACCACUGCCACCAACUAACAUAGCAGCUAGGCCAGCUGCAGCUCUACCCAAACCUGUAGUGAGUAAACCUGUACCGGCAAAGGUACCUAAUCUGUCUGAGGUUGGUACUGUCAGUAGCUUGCUGAAGGCAUCGAAGGAACAUCGGGCAGCUCUGGCGAAGCAGCAUAUCUUCAUCCCAUCGAACACAAUGCCUUCGGCUUUCAACAAUGUGGUUGGUGUGUCAAGUGCCUCGGGUACCUUGCACCUCCAGGGGGGUACCCAGUUCCAGAGUACCCCUUCUAUCAGCUACAUUCCACAGGGAAGUACCCUUGUGCAGCCUGGACUUGUACCCUUUCAAGUAAUGCCAAUCCAGAUGCAGCAAGCCAUCAACCCAGCAGCUUUCAACAUGAGUAACCUCCUGCAACAGGCUGCAGCCUCCAGUCUUCUGGCAAACAUGCAUCAUACAUCGGCACUUGGCAACACUCUUGCCCAACCACCCAACACCUUUGUCCAACCACCCAAAACCAAUGUCCUCCCAAACACUAAAGGUGUUCCACAGAAUAUGCCAGGGGUUGCACAGAACACUAUACGACAAGACCUUACUAGUGUGAAGCUGAAGCACUCUGCCCCCAUCUUAAAACCGAACGUCAGAUCUCCUCCACCUGGAGGUGUAAAACUAAACAGCUCUGCAGAUGGGUCCGCUGGAAGUGCGCCCUCUCUGCCAUCCAUAAAGAAGGUUUCCCCACAACGUCUCAAUUCAGCUAUUGCCAAGCUCUACGAGUCCAAUAACUUGUCAGAGAGCAAGGAGAAAACAAGCCCGGCUCCUGUCAAGAAAACCAAAACCCUUGCUAGCUUCUUCAGUGUCCAGAACCCCAAGAAAUCUGACAACAAACCCCAAGAAACUCCCUCAGAAACUCAGAAAGAGUGAAGAAACAGCCCCUAUACCCUUUUCUUAUCAUGUUUGAUACUGUAACAUGUUGUUCCUGUAUUUCUAGUACAUGUAUGUUCGAAAUAUUAGCGAGCAGAUAGAUUAGACAUACCAGUUCCUUAGAAUGUCCUUUUUGUACAUGCCGUCCUGCAGAGAGGUAGAAGGGUAUUGACUCUAUGUGAAAGUUCUUUGCUAAAGCCCCAUCUGGCUCUCAACGGACGAUAUCCAUUUUCAUUAUAAUUGAAAAGAUGUACCCCUCCCUUCCCCUACCCCGUUUAACUGUUCCGUUUUGGUUUAGCUUUUGUUCCUAGUAUGUUUAGUGUAUUGUGUUAUGUUAUGAAUACAUCUGCUAUUCACUUAAAAUAAGUUCUGUUACUAUAUGUUGGCAUGUUUUUGUUUAUGAGAUUUCAUUUCUUUUGGUGUCUUCUUGAGUAUUAAACUGUAAAUUGCUUUUAAUUCUCUCUCUCUCAAUUCCAUUAGUAUGGCAUCUACUUCUUACUUGCUCCGUUUGUCCCUCUCAAUUUGAAACUUUAUUUUCUUUCUUUCUCUUUCACCCAAACAUAUCAUUUACAGUCAACCUGUUUAUAGCGACCACCCAAGGGAAACACAAAAAGUGGUCUUUGUAGACAGGUGGUCUUUAUAGACAGGUGGUCACUAAAGCAGGUUUGACUUGUAUAUAUAUAUAUUUUUGUUAAAGAAGAUUAUAUUCUGAGUCUAAUAAUGGCUGUCAUGGUCAUUCAUACAUUUUGUACUUUCAUAUAUACUUUUACCCAAUUGGAAAGUUUCUCUCUCUUUCUCUCUAUCAUGAUGUAAAAUAAACAGAUUCAACAAAACAUUCAGUUUCAUAGAGCAUAGUUUAUUCAAUAUCUUCUACAAAUAUUUAUUGCCUACAAGUUUAAACAAAAGAUUUAUUUGAAUGUAAAGUACUCUUUUUUGGCAGCUCAAGGUAUGUCUAUAUGAAAUACAUGUACUCACCUCUCAAAAGUUAUUUGUACGUAUGAAAGGGGGUUUCCGGAUGCUAAAGAACAAAAAUAAAGCUGUCACUUUUUGAUUUAACGAAAAAUAUGAAUCAAAUAGCACUAAACAUCAUCAUAAAUAUUUGUAAUUUAUGAUAUAGUCCAACACGAGUGACAAAAAUGAUGAAAUGUUGUAUGUGACCUUCAAAUUACUGUCAGAGGGAAAACACAUCUGUCCAGACACAAACAAUUUCACAGAGCUUAUGUAAUGUAUGUAACCUUUACAUACUUGCGCCUUGUAUUUUUAAGAGCUUUUUCUCUCUUUGCUUCCAGGAUAUGGUAUGAAAUAACGUGUACCGGUAUUACAAGAGAACAGACAGAUUGGAAAGUAAUAAAGUAAUGAACUGAAUUAUGAAUACGCAAUAUAGUACGGUUACCUGAUUGACUACAAUCAGCCAGCAAAUCAAUUGAAUUAUUCAGAUGGUGCCAUAUUUUAAAUCCGUUCGAAUUUGUUGUAUUUCUACUUUACUAUGCCAUUACCUCUGAGUAGGUACAUAUAUAAAAAUAAUGAUCAUAAUAAAUACAUGUAUAUACAUUAUUUUUUUCUAACUUUGUUUAGAAGGCAGCUCAUUCAUUCUCCCCUUUUCACAGUGUACACAUUAGCAAUGUAAAAGUAGACUCGUAGUUACAUGACAAAGUAUUGCAGAAAUCUCUGAAAUAAUUCUAAAGCAAAGACAUAUCAAAUGUGCUUUCUUUUACACAGAAGACAAAUCUUUUGAAAAAGUAGGUUAAAGGAAGGAAAAGUGACGAUAUUAGAGCGGAAACAGAAUUACUGAACAUAUGUAAUUGUUGACAUUUUGCAGAGGUGAAAUGCUGCAAAACAAUAAAGUAAGAGCCCUUUAAGGUCUGCUGUUUGGCUAUUAUCCGAGGAAUGCCUGGCUGAAUGAUUAUACACACAACUGAACAGAUUCCUAUACUAUGAAAAUAUUACACUAUAUGGAAGUGUAAUAAAUAUUGAAUAGUAUGUUUAUGUAGAACAUAAUAUGCACAAAGAAGAUGACAAAUAAAUUCUGAUCCGUUUCUUGUGGA